AAUGGCAUUUGUAUAUUAAGCUUAACGAGAUUUAAACUAAUUAUUGACUUCUGUUACAUCUAAUGUAUCAUUAUUCUAUUUUUUAUAUAGAUUGGUCCUGGUUCUUAUAUGAAACAAUAGAAAAAAGUAAUCAAAUAAUCUCUUGCUCCUUUUAAUACAAAAUCUAAUAGACAUAAUCCAUUAAAAAACUCAUCAUUUCCAGGUCCAGGAACUUAUAGUAUAAAUUUUGCAAAUUCAGGGUACAUAACUAUUUAAAGAGUAGGUAGAAAUUGUUAAUACAAUCUAAUCAAUCAGAACUAAAAAUUCUUGAAAUUCAUAAAUAACAGUCAGUUUUUGCAUCCAAAUGUAAGCGUUUUUAAGAAGUUAAUACAAAUGAUACUCCAGGGUAGAGGCUUUUAUUUGAUAUCUUAGUCCUGGUUCAUAUAAAUAAGAAUAAAUUUAACGACAAUAAUAUCAAAAAGGAUCAUCUGAUUAAUUUAUAGAGUCACUUUUGAAAUUAAAUAGAAAUAAAUCAAUUCCAUCAAUCCCAAGUAACGAAUAAGUAUAUGGUUAUAUUGAUGGUGGAAGUAUACAUAUAAUAAUCUAUUUUAAUACAUUUCAGCAUUGUAAUUAAAUAAGAGUCCAAAAGAUAUUAUUUCAGGAUUAAAGAAUGAUUCAGUAGGUCCUGGUCAUUAUGAAUUAUAGAAUUCAUUUGAUUUGAAUAAAGAGAAAGGAGUUAAUUGGCAUUCUUCAAAAUAACCAAAAAUUGCACCUGUUGUUUCUAAGGAUUAAAAAAUGAUAGUUGGACCAGGAGCAUAUGAAAUUGAAAAUGAGAAUCAGCCAUUAUAUAAAUUGAUGCCUUCAGGAUCUUUUCAAUCUAAUACAUCUAGAUUCAAUAAUUUAGAUAAAGGAUAAAGAAGUAAAGAAUUACUUAAACUUUAAUUUGAGAAGUAGAAAUCAAAAUUACUUUAAGAUUCAUAAUUUGAAGAUUUGAAAAAUGAAUAAUUUGAGUAAUCCUAAGUAAUAAAUAAUUAAAAAUAAUAGAAUGAUAUUAUUGGACCUGGAUAUUAUUUUAAAGAUUAGAGUAAUAUUUCUACUAAAUCUACUUCAAAAUUAGAAACAUAAUGUUUUGGAUCAAAAUUAAAAAGAUUUUAAAGUGAUUCAAAUUUAAUAACUAUUGGGCCUGGAGAUUAUAAAAUUGAAACUUAAUAAUCAAAUAACAGUUUUGCAUUAAAAUAACCACCCUUUUUAUCUUCUAAUACUCGUUUUGAAUAAAAAUAAUUAAAUAGAAGAAUUGGACCAUAAUCUUAUCAUAUCAAUUAGAGUGUAAGGCAAUAAGAUAUUUCAUCUAGUUGGAAUAUGAUUUAAUUAAAAAACUUGAAAGAUCUCCAGUUGGUAAAUUUGGAUACAAUUAACCUAGAUUUAUAGAUAAUCAAAAUUAAGAAUAAAUACCUGGUCCAGGAUACUAUGAUUAUUUAAAUUAAUCUCCAUAAUAAGGUGCUCAAAAUAUAUUUAAAUCUUAAACAAAAAGGAUUGAUCCAACUAUUUUAAAUAAAUCAGAAAUACCUGCACCUAGUUAAUAUAAUCCUAGAAAUCAUACUAUAGAAUAUAAUGUAAAUAAAGAUUAUGAUGAUAUUGAAUUUGAAAUAAAGAGACCUCCAUUUUAAUCGUCAUUACCUCGAUUUUAAAAUAAAGUAGAUAUCAAAAUUGAUGAAUUGGAUGAAGAACUUUAUUUGAAAAAAUAGAAUCAAAAAAGAUAAGAUCAUAAAAUACUAUAUAAAUAAAAAUAACCAUCACCACCAUUUAAUGUUCAAGUAUUUAAUAUAAUUAUUUUUUUAAUAGGAAAAACGAUUUUAAUAUGGUAAAUUAAUUGUUUAAUCUCCUGGUCCUGGAGAAUACAAUGAAUCAACAUAAAUAUCAUGGGAUAAACCAUCAUUUAAUGUUCAAUUUUCUUAGAUUUGA